AUGGAUUUCAACAGUCUUAAAGACCAAGUGAGCAACCUCACCUUAUACGAUCUCAAGGCCGGUGUUCGCAAAGUCCAAAAUGCUGUCAUGAACUACACGGAGAUGGAGGCCAAGGUACGAGAAGCUACUAAUAAUGAACCAUGGGGCGCAUCGUCGACAAUCAUGCAAGAAAUCGCAAACGGCACUUUCAAUUACCAAACCCUCAACGAAAUCAUGCCAAUGAUUUACCGCCGUUUCACUGAGAAGUCCGCCGAGGAGUGGAGACAGAUCUACAAAUCACUUCAACUACUCGAGUUUCUAAUCAAGCACGGUUCUGAGAGGGUUAUCGAUGAUGCGCGAGGCCACAUCACACUCCUGAAGAUGUUGCGUCAAUUCCACUUCAUCGAUCAAAACGGCAAAGAUCAGGGCAUCAACGUCAGAAAUCGCGCGAAGGAGCUUGCCGAACUUCUCGGUGACGUCGAGCGGAUCCGAUCAGAGCGCAAGAAGGCUAGAGCCAACAAAGCCAAAUACACCGGAGUCGAGGGUGGCGCUAUGGGAGGCUUUUCUUCCGGUAGCGGCGGUCGUUACGGUGGAUUUGGUAGCGAAUCUGGUGGCUUCGGUGGUCCUUCUGGUGGUUAUGGCGGUUAUUCGGGUGGUGUGUACGGUGACGGUGGUGGCUUCGGGGGUCAGUCAGACGACUGGAGAGAUGCCGGCAGCAGUCGCGCGGACAAAUUCGAAGAGUACGACGAAUUUGACGAGGGAUCCGCGCCGUCGAGCUCCGCAAAAGCGAAGCGGCCCGAGCGGACUGAGAGGAUUGGUGUCAAGAAGACUACGCCUGCCGAACCUCCAAAGAAAAAGGAGCCCGAAGUCGAUCUCUUCUCCUUCGACGAUCCCGAACCUGCACCGGCCGCCUCAGCUGCCGUACCUACUCCGUCUAAUGGUUCUUCCGCCCUAGCUUCCCUAUCGACGGCGAACAAUGACGACGAUGAUUUCGACGACUUCCAAUCUGCAGCGCCUGCAACCUCAAACAAUAUAGGCAUUCCCCCUCCGAUGGUAACGUCGAGCGCCCACUCCACCGCACAAUUUGCCGCGCCGAAGCCUCUAUCCGGACCGCAACAAGCUAAUCUAACCGACAUGAUGUCGUCGAUCUCGCCGCCUGUAAGCUCCACCACCACACCGGCAGCGAAUUACUCCGCUUUUGGCCUACCGACCGCUCAGGCACCAAAACCAGCAGUAAAUUACCAGGCUGCAGCACCUAAUUAUUUCCAGUCGGUUAAGGCACAGCCCACGGGCUCGUCCAUUUCCGGAAUGUCCGCAUCUGGCGCAACUGCGCCUUCCGGCAUGUCAGCACUCAAUAGACCAGCUGGGCAAGCAGCGGCAAAAACAGCGGCCGGAGGUGACCCCUUUGCCAACCUCUGGGGACAGGCCGGAAGUGGCGUGAAGAAGACGAGCACACCCGCGACUGGGCCUAAGAUGGGUCAGCUGGCUAAAGAGAAAACCAGCGCCUCUCUGUGGGGUGCGCCCGCGACCGGUACAUCGAAACCGCCGGCAAACACGACGACUGGAAGUAGCGGCUUAGACGAUCUGUUAGGAUGAAGGAUAAGGUAUUCUAGAGCGAGGCUCGGAUCACGCCUAGAUUUAUGCUAGGCACCUAACGAAAGAUUGAAGAAAUCUGUAUAUCAUAUCGGCAACGCUGGUAACUUGCAAUACCUCUCGGGACCUAGAUUUGAAAGCCGAAAGCUGAGUGACGGCGAAGGAUAUUCUCUUUCUUUCUUUUUGUUUUUGAGAGGGAGUGGUGUUGAAUUGAUGGACUUGACGCAUUCAAAAAAGGCGCCGGGGAGUAAAAAGAUUAGGAAAAUUAAACAAUGCCAACUUACAAACAAGCGCCGCGAUCUACGCUGCUGUCCAAUCUUUACCUACUAGAUAUUAUUGCCUAGCAAGUCCACGAUGCGUCCAUGAAGUCC